AUGGCGAGCACGCAAACGCCCUGGCCGCCGGCUCUGCCGCGCAUGCGCGGCACGGUCUCGGCGUCCCCGGUUUCGGCGCCUUCGUCUGCGUCGCCUUUUCGCUGGUUUGCUUCCGCGAAGCGCAGACAACUUGGCGCACCGUGUUUCGCAGGGCCGCCCUGCAAUAGCGACCUAGAAGAAAGCAUUCUUCCCUCUCGUCGCGAGCGCUCCCGCUUCUCCCGCGUUUCUCGAGGACUGUCUCCUGUUCGGCCGCGGCGCCAGUCUGCGAACUUCUCCGCAGUGCCGGGGCCCGAAUUCCUCGCUGCGGAGGGCGACGAGGAUUUCUUCUCGCUUCCCCCGCAGCACUGCGACACGUCCUUCUCGCCUGCAGCUGUGCCUGCGGCGAGCUGCGAGUUCUCGCCGCAAGACCCCGUCGGUUCCGCGGUGCUGGACGUGAUCAACCAAGCCGCACAGAAGGCUGUGCAGCAGGCGCUGGUCGAUAGGCACGUGGCGUGGAAGAAGAGCGGGGGGAAAGACGGGGAAGAAGGGCUUGAGCCGAUCACGGAGGCCACCGUGAGAAUCAGGCGAAGCAACAUUGGCCUGCGACCGCGGAAAGGCCCCGCCGGCGCCAACAACUGCGUCUUCACCUUCCCCCCGGUGACCUGUCGCUUCGCCAUCGGCGACAACCCAGACGGCUCCGACGGACGACCAGCCAUCCGGCACGUCGAGACCAAAGUGUGCGCGGAGGAAGACGAGGCAGAGGCGGAGGUGAAGGCGGAAUGCGGCGGUGCAGACGCAGACGAUCGCCACAGCAGUGCCUCAACCACCUGUCCAGACACGCCGGCGCCUUCGCACGACUCUCGCGAGUCGUCGUGGCCUAGGUCGCUGCCGCAGGUCCCCAGCGGCUUUCCCGCGUACCCGGUGCCCGCGCUGUGGGGCCCACUGCCCCCUGCUGGGCCUCCGCUCGGCCCCGCUGCACUCGCGACGCCCGGCGCACCUCCUCAGGCCCCGCUCCCGGGGUUUCGCGGCAUCCCCUCGUCUCGUUUCCGCGCGCUGUGUGAGCAGGCCGACGCGCCGCACCAGGAGACCCUGCCGCUGGGGAGGGAGAGAGCGUGGCGAUCUCCCCGAGGGAGACGAAGCACAUCCGCACGGGGACGGUCGGAAGGAGGUCACGCAGGCGGCUUUCUGGCGCACGACGACGCGGCGGAGACCGACGAAAACGAAGGCGAAGAGGCCUACGAGGCCUCGAAAAAAACGUCAACUGCAGAGAAACUGGAGCUGCAGAAACUGCUCAAGGGGCUCGUCAAACUCUGGUCGACGAAGAAACACUACGACAGUUUAGUUGCACGCCUCAGGGAGUGGGCUCGCUGGCGCUACCUGGAAUCUGGAGAGCUUCCCAACCAGAUCCAGGUGAUGACGGAGAUGCCCGGCGUACGCACCCAGUGCUGCCGCCUGCGAGCGGCGGCGAAGCAGCAGUCCAAGGUGCUCCGCGAACAAAUGCGGAGUGUCCUGCGUUUCGACGCAGACGACGUCCUUUCCUUCGACUCUGACGGAGAGGAGGAAGAGGCAGACUCACGGACAGCAGCUACGAACGUGAAACCGAACAAGCGAAGCGAGCGAAAAGCGAAGGAAGGCGAGGCCUGUCUCAAGAUCGGCGAGAAGUUGGACCGAAUCUCGCACCUGCUGAACUCGAUCGAAGGCGUCUUACCCGCAAAUGACUCCGGCGAGGAUCUGACGGAGUGGCUUGUUGGGCAAGGCCCGCAGGGCGGAGCCUUCACACUCAGCCGCCUCGUAGGAACGUUUCGCCAAGUCCGUGGCGUCCAGCAGCAGCUUGCCGCCGUCUUGGCGGCGCAGGGGAGACGCAUCUCUGUUCAGCAGUUGCUCGGCGACGACGGAGGCAGCGAGGACAUGAAGGCGGAAGGUGCACAGCAGCAGCCGGAAGAGAAAGCAAACGCUAGUCCGGAAGACCAGAGCCCGGCUAAGGCGUUUACGCCGCUUCUACGGAAGAAGCUUCGGGAUGUCGCGGCUCAGCGCGACCUGUUGGAGACUCGCCUCGCGCGCGUCGUGGCGCGCCAGAAGAGUCAGCAGGAGUUGCUGGCUGCACUCGCCAAAGACAACGAAAAACAACUCUCGGAGCUCGUGGGCCUGCGCGGGGGCUCCCACCGGGUUUUCGGCUGUCUGUACGCCCCAUCUGGAAUUCCACUCGAACACAAGGAGGAGGAGGAAUCGUCAUACCAGCCCAGCACGCUAGCGCCUCCAGGUCGCGAUGCAGACUUGUCUUGUUUCGAACGCCUAGACGCUCAGGUUGCGAAGGUGCUGGCGCGAUUCGCUCUGGCUCCGCCCGCAGACGCGCGGCUGGAGGAGGGCCUCGAGGUCGAAGACGCCGAAAUGGCGCGCGCGUGCAUGCAGUCGUUUGUCAGCCGCAGUGCGAUUUCGUGUAGUUCUCUCGGCACUGGAGCGGCUCCAACGAACUCUAUGGGAGAAAAGCGAAAGCGCAUGAACGCGGCAAUCGAGUUCGAUCGGGUGUUCGCUGAGGCUUCGCACACAGGCUACCUCUUCCAUGGGUUCGCAGACCUCGUGCGAAGCUCUCUCGAGCAGGGUCUCAACUUCGCGCUCUUCGCAGUCGGCUCUCGGACUCCAGAGAAAACGAAACUGCUCUUUGGUCGCCCGCCCUCCUCUGGUCCGCCGCCCCCGCCGGGCGCGUGCGAGGCUGCGGAGGCACUCGGCCUUGCGCAGUUCCUCGCGCGCUUUCUGUUCGAUGAACUCGCGCGCGUGUGUCUGAGCCUGCCUGAUGGCGUUGGAGUGAGUCGCCGCGAAUCCCGCGCGGCGCUGCGGUUUCCCAGUCGCAAGGGCGAGAGGACAGCGGAGCGCGACGACACCUUCCCCUGCUUCUCCGUAGAACUCAGUGCGCUCGAAAUCAACGGCGCGAAGAUGAGAGACUGUUUGGCGGGGGACAGAAGACUCACAAAGAAACUAGAGAUCCGGCAAGACGUCCGCACAGGCGAAAUCAAGAUCCUGAACCUGACGCACCGCGCAGCCGCCUCCAGCGCCUCGCUGCUGCAAACCCUCGGCGAGGUGGCUUCGCUCUAUACGUCUCUGCACGCGUCUUCCUCUUUGGUUGUGUUUUUGCACACGGAAGUCCUCGACCCGGUCUCAGGCGAAGUGCGGCGCGGAAAGACUGUCUUCGCAGACGUUCCCGGCGUCACGGGGCUGCCACCUCAGCUUCCCUUCGACGCGACAGGCAGGCUCGCGCCCGCUGAGAAACUCAGCGCGCUCUCGCAUUCCGGCGACGAGCCUCAGCUGCAGCAGACCCUCUGGGCUCUCAAGGAGCUCUUUUCAGCUUCCAGACGAAAGACCUCGCGGCUCUGUUCGGGUUGUCGAGCGGCCGCCUCUUCGGGCGCUUCUCGCAUGUCUUCGUUUUCUGCCUUGGCGGGCACGUCGCGCGAGUUCGGCGGCGCGAAGAGCUCGCAGAAAGCGUGGCGCGAGAUCGAAGAGCAGAACGCGGAGAGACAGCUGGCGCACUCCAGCCGGCUGACGCAGGUCCUCGCGGACUGUCUGCAUCCUUCGCUCUCUCGAGGCCUUCUGCUCUUCUGCCUCCCUUCGCCGCAUGACAACGCGGACGCGUGA